GGGUGUCCAGCGAGUGGUCUCCUCCUCUUGCUAGUGCUGCUGCGGCGUCCCGUGGCCUUCCCGAGAGUCAGGCGGGAGGGGAGAGCGGGUGUGGAUUUGUCUUGACGGUAACUGUUGCGUAUCCCCCGCUUGGUGGCCUGCGCUCUGGAUUGCUCCUUCCUCGGGAGCCUAAUAUUACCGCGAUUACACACUCCCUGCCCGGGCUACCCACGCACCCUGGGCUGCUUGCGUGUGGAGUCGGACCCGCUCUCACGCGUGUCUCGGGACAGCUACUGUGCAGUGAGGCAAGGAGGAACCGGGGCGCCGGGGAGCCUUGACGCUUUUUUCCAGCUGGGUGGCCCUGGGACAGCCAGGCGUGGGCCACGGAAGAAGAGGGGACAGCCCCCGGCUUCCAGCUGCUGUCGCCGCCGCCGUCACAGUUUGAAGAAGGAACUAAGAUCCAGAUGGCAAAUUCGAUGAAUGGCAGAAACCCUGGUGGUCGAGGAGGAAAUCCCCGGAAAGGUCGAAUUUUGGGAAUUAUUGAUGCUAUUCAGGAUGCGGUUGGACCCCCUAAACAAGCAGCAGCAGAUCGCAGGACUGUGGAGAAAACUUGGAAACUCAUGGACAAAGUGGUAAGACUGUGCCAAAAUCCCAAACUUCAGUUGAAGAAUAGCCCACCAUAUAUACUUGAUAUUUUACCUGAUACAUAUCAACAUUUGCGACUUAUAUUGAGUAAAUAUGAUGACAACCAGAAACUUGCCCAACUCAGUGAGAAUGAAUAUUUUAAAAUCUACAUUGAUAGUCUAAUGAAAAAGUCAAAACGGGCAAUAAGACUCUUUAAAGAAGGCAAGGAGAGAAUGUAUGAAGAACAGUCGCAGGACAGACGAAAUCUCACGAAACUGUCCCUCAUCUUCAGUCACAUGCUGGCAGAAAUCAAAGCAAUCUUUCCCAAUGGUCAGUUCCAGGGAGAUAAUUUUCGUAUUACAAAAGCAGAUGCUGCUGAAUUCUGGAGAAAGUUUUUUGGAGACAAAACUAUUGUACCAUGGAAAGUAUUCAGACAGUGCCUUCAUGAGGUCCAUCAGAUUAGCUCUGGCUUGGAAGCAAUGGCUCUAAAAUCAACAAUUGAUUUAACUUGCAAUGAUUACAUUUCAGUUUUUGAAUUUGAUAUUUUUACCAGGCUGUUUCAGCCUUGGGGCUCCAUUUUACGGAAUUGGAAUUUCUUAGCUGUAACACAUCCAGGUUACAUGGCAUUUCUCACAUAUGAUGAAGUUAAAGCACGGCUACAGAAAUACAGCACCAAACCUGGAAGCUACAUUUUCCGGUUAAGCUGCACUCGAUUGGGACAGUGGGCCAUUGGCUAUGUGACAGGGGAUGGCAACAUCUUACAGACCAUACCACAUAACAAGCCGUUAUUUCAAGCCCUGAUUGAUGGUAGCAGGGAAGGAUUCUAUCUUUAUCCUGAUGGGAGGAGUUAUAAUCCUGAUUUAACUGGAUUAUGUGAACCUACACCCCAUGAUCAUAUAAAAGUUACACAGGAACAAUAUGAAUUAUAUUGUGAAAUGGGCUCUACUUUUCAGCUCUGUAAAAUUUGUGCAGAGAAUGACAAAGAUGUCAAGAUUGAGCCUUGUGGGCAUUUGAUGUGCACCUCUUGCCUUACAGCAUGGCAGGAGUCAGAUGGUCAGGGCUGCCCCUUCUGCCGCUGCGAGAUAAAAGGGACAGAGCCCAUAAUCGUGGACCCCUUUGACCCGAGAGACGAAGGCUCCCGGUGCUGUAGCAUCAUCGACCCCUUUGGCAUGCCCAUGCUGGACCUGGAUGACGACGACGACCGCGAGGAGUCCUUGAUGAUGAAUCGGUUGGCGAAUGUUCGCAAGUGCACUGACAGGCAGAAUUCACCAGUCACAUCGCCAGGGUCUUCCCCGCUUGCACAAAGAAGAAAGCCACAUCAGGAUCCUCUUCAGAUCCCACACCUGAGCCUGCCACCAGUGCCUCCUCGCUUGGACCUAAUUCAGAAAGGGAUAGUUCGGUCCCCCUGUGGCAGCCCAACUGGUUCACCAAAGUCUUCUCCUGGCAUGGUGAGGAAACAAGACAAACCACUCCCAGCACCACCUCCUCCCGUAAGAGAUCCUCCUCCACCUCCGCCUGAAAGACCUCCGCCCAUCCCACCUGACAACAGACUGAGUAGACACUUCCAUCAUGUAGAAAGUGUGCCUUCCAGAGACCAGCCAAUGCCUCUUGAAGCCUGGUGCCCUCGGGAUAUGUUGGGAACUAAUCAGUUGAUGGGAUGUCGACUGCUAGGGGAUGGCUCCCCAAAGCCUGGAAUCACAGCAAGUUCAAAUGUAAAUGGAAGGCACAGUAGAAUGGGCUCUGACCCAGUGCUUAUGCGAAAGCAUAGACGCCAUGAUUUGCCUUUAGAAGGAGCCAAGGUCUUUUCCAACGGUCACCUAGGAAGUGAAGAAUAUGAUGUUCCUCCCCGGCUCUCUCCACCUCCUCCAGCUAACACCCUUCUCCCUAGCAUAAAGUGUACUGGUCCUUUAGCGAAUUCCCUUUCAGAGAAAACAAGAGACCCAGCAGAGGAAGAGGACGAUGAAUACAAGAUUCCUUCAUCCCAUCCUGUGUCCCUGAAUUCACAACUAUCUCAUUGUCAUAAUGUAAAGCCUCCUGUUAGGUCUUGUGAUAAUGGUCAUUGUGUAUUGAAUGGAGCACAUGGUACCUCCUCAGAGAUGAAAAAAUCAAACCUCCCUGAGUUAGGCAUAUAUUUAAAGGGAGAUGUUUUUGAUUCAGCCUCUGAUCCAGUGCCAUCACCACCUGCCAGGCCUCCAACUCGGGACAGUCCAAAGCAUGGUUCUUCACUCAACAGGACGCCCUCUGAUUAUGAUCUUCUCAUCCCUCCAUUAGGUGAAGAUGCUUUUGAUGUCCUUCCCCCGUCCCUUCCACCUCCCCCACCUCCUGCAAGGCAUAGUCUCAUCGAACACUCAAAACCUUCUGGCUCCAGUAGCCGACCAUCCUCAGGACAAGACCUUUUCCUUCUUCCUUCAGAUCCCUUUUUUGAUCCAGUAAGUGGCCAAGUUCCUUUGCCUCCUGCUAGGAGAUUGCCGGGUGAAAAUGUCAAAUCCAACAGAACAUCACAGGACUAUGAUCAGCUUCCAUCAUCUUCAGAUGGUUCACAAGCACCAGCCAGACCCCCCAAACCACGACCCCGCAGGACUGCACCGGAAAUUCACCACAGAAAACCCCAUGGACCUGAAGCAGCAUUGGAAAAUGUCGAUGCAAAAAUUGCAAAACUCAUGGGAGAGGGCUAUGCCUUUGAAGAAGUGAAGAGAGCCUUAGAGAUAGCGCAGAAUAAUGUCGAAGUGGCCCGUAGCAUCCUCCGAGAAUUUGCCUUUCCCCCUCCAGUCUCCCCACGUCUAAAUCUAUAGCAGCCAAGUCUAUGUCUAGACCAAAAUUGAAAGCAAUUGAUGAAUAUUCCAGGAGUGUGGAAAGGAGAGCAGAAGCGAGUCUUCUUCAUCUGGCAUCUUACAAAGUGAGGCAUGGGAAUGCAGCUUCCGAGAAGAUAGCUGCUUGCUCAGGAUGUCGGCAGCUGCGGCUUCCUUAUUUUCGCUAGCCAUACUUUUAAAUCAGGGUUGAACUGACAAAAAUAAUUUAAAGACGUUUACUUCCCUUGAACUUGGAAUCUGUGAAAUGCUUUUCCUUGUUUACAAGUUUGCAAAGUUGCAGUUUUGUUUUCGUUUUUAUUUGUGUUUUGAUACAUGUACUGUGUUCGUGACAGACCCUUUGUUAGAGCGUCAGGUCUGCUGUAACAUUUCCCACCAACUCCCUGCUGUCCACGUCAGCAGCUGAGUCAUACAUUCAUUUUGAUCUCAACCGAACCCCCAACCCCCACCCAGAGGUCCAAUUCCAUUUCUCCCAUUUACUAGGAUGCUUUAAAAGUUCUGAUUGUCAGCUUAUCAAACUAAUGCAAAAAAACGUGUGGCCUUCACUACUGAGUCUUUUUCUAUGAAACCAUUGCUAUUGAGAGAUGGAGAAAAUUUGAAUGUAUAAAGCAUUUUUUAUGGCUUUCAUUUUUGCUGUGUUUGUGACCUUUAAUCUUCCAUAUUCCCAUCUUUGUCAUCCCAGAGGUGACACAACUCUGCAAAAAUCUAAAGUACUAGAAUGCAACUACUGCAGAUGUGGGAGAAAUGCAUAUCAUAAAUGCUGUAAUGAAGUUAUAUAAUAAGGUCACCUGCUAUUAUGCCUGCAACACUUUGGGGCAUGCUGAAUAAGAGGGCCUUCUCCCUGAAAUGUAUCAAUAAUGUUCAGAUAAAAGUAUGGUCAUAACUUUCCCAAAGUGGAAUAGAGUUCAUUUCCUAUUUGAAUGAUUACACUCUGGUUCUUAACAGCUCCAGGAGCCGGUUCAUAUUGUGAUGGAAACAUUAAAUCUUUGAUGCACUGUUGAAAUGCUAAUGCUACUGUGGCAAAGAUUUUUGCAAAGUUCUUAUUAAUUUUCUAUCUGCAAUCAAAUUAGAGUUCAUAUUUAAUUUGUAGAUUCUCUUAUUCAUUGUUCCAUCCAAUUAGGUGAAAGAAACUAAUAUAGUUCACCAUUUUUGCAAAAUGGUGGUUGGUUCUUCAGAAACUGUGUUAUUAGCUUUAAUAAAUCUCCCAAUAUUUAUUGAGCAUCUAUGGUGUGCUCAGCGCUGUUAGGAACUGUGUUUAUAAAGCACAAACUGUCACAAGCUGAUUCCAGUAUAAUAUUUUGUUAUUCUUCAUCUGCGUUUUUGAUGGCAAAAGUUUCUCUGAUGGACAAAUCCUGGAAGUUUUUAACAAGAGCAUAUGAAUUUUCAGGCAAUUUUCUUUUUUCCUCCUAAUGAGAAAUGAGACAAAACCAUUACUGCUUAAAAUGAACCCACAGAAGGUUUUCUAAAUAUGGACUAAUUGUGGGUCUGCACAUGUUUCUGCCCCUCCUUUCUUAAUUUCACACACAGUGUGAUAUAAAAAGAUGCAUUAGACAGUAAGCCUCUUUUGGACUUGAAAAGACAUAACCAAACAUCUAGUAUGAGUUGAAAGAAAAGAGCAGACCCAAUGGAAAUUCACUUUUUACAAGACUGAUGGAGACAGCCAGGUGGCCUAGGGAGGGAAACAACUGCAUUCUUUCCUAUGCAGAGUGGCACAUGCCCUUUCUUUUAAGUUUGGCUUCCAUGAUGUGAGAUGAUACUUGAGUCACAGGCCUUGGAUAGUUUGUGCUCUUAUUUGAAUUUUUUCAGGUGAUUCUGAGCUGGCUGUAUCCCUGGAGGGGAAGUUUUAAUUUGCCUUAGGUGUUCUUCCUGUGAGUAAGUAUAUCAGUGCACUUUUUUUUUCAGUUUUUAAGAUGACAUUGGCUAAUUCUUCAUUGCUGUAUGAACUCCAUGUAAUGUCAUGAUUUUUCACUUGUUUUAUCAGUUUCGGGUGUCACGCUGGAAUAGCACUAUACAUUUUGGUACAAUCUAAAAGCCAAAAGUUACCACUUCAUUGUGAUACAUUCCCUAUAGACAAGGGAGUUGAUGUUAAAUAGGAAUAUUAGAAAACAUACUACAUUUUCAUUCAAACAAUAGUCAAAUGAUAUGUGAACAUUUCCAGUGAGAAUUUUAAAAGAUGAGAUUGAUGAAAUUAGAAGAUAUAGUAAAUUCAGACAUGAAUUUGAAAAAAAAAGUCUGCUUUGCAAAGAAAAUUUACUAACCUCCACCAAAUUACCUCCGCAUCCUGUACUCAAUAGCAACGAUUAGUUCUGUCAUCAAAAAGGAAUUUAUCCAAAUCUUAUAGUGAGUGAAAUAGAAAGAAGGAAACUUUCUAUCAAACACUGUCAUGAAAAACCCAUUGCUGCCUAUUACACAGGAAUUAUGGGACUCAAAAAAAAUUUUUUUGAGGAAAUAAUUAAACCAAAAUAUUUGUUUUCAUUAGAAAAGUGACUAACCAUCAAUGUUUGGCAAUUACCCAAACUUUGUUUCACUGUGAUCCAAGAAUUUAGACAUUCCUCCUGUUUCUCAAGACUUAGUAAUAUGAUUACUGUUUAAAUCAGUACUCAUAAUUAAACCAUGGGCAACACUAAACCCCCUUCCCAAAAACAUGUUCUUUGAGUAGGAUUUAUUCUAAAUGAUAAUACGGUAAAUUGAUCUCAGUAUUCUGGGUUUUUUUUUCCCUUGACAUCUAUCUAAUAUAUCCUGACCAAAUUUCUAGAAUUGAAUCAGCAGUGUUUAUGCUUAACUUGAACUUUCUUCCACAAGUAUGACCUUUAACUCUUCCCUAUUCCUUUCACUUUGCCCACAUUGAAAAUAGUCUUAAUAAUAGAGCCCUGAUUGCAACUUCAAAGAGUCCGUUUGUUAACUCAGUAUUCCACAUACCAAGAACACUUGCAAAGAUUUUUCAUAAUGUGAAUUUUUUAUUUUUCAGUUCCAGAAGCAUUUCCUACAGUUUGGACAUUGUUUUUCCUCUUAACAUUUCAACUUGAAGCUUUAAUUUGCACUGAAUUAUCUAACUGGUUAAAUUUUUAAUUUCUCUCUUAAGCUGACAGAUUUGGAAGCAAAUUACAGUGUGUUUAAAACAAUACAGGUACUGCCUGUAGACCUGGAAUUUUAGCGCUUCUAGGAAAAGUUUCCAGAAAAAGACAGCAAUAGAGUGAAGGGUUUUCUUCCUGAUUACUGUUUUAUUGUUUUUUAAAUGCCUUUUAAAAACUUUGUUUAAAGUGGCAAAAUAGUUAUGUGUUCAGUUAAUUUAUAUUUUAUUCAUUCUUUUUUCAAUUCUGGUUAUUAUGUAACCUCAAGUCCUUUAUCUGUUCUUUUAAGGUAUUUUAUAAAAUGAAUGUUAACAGAAU